AUGGCGACUGCCGAUGAAUUCGGGGCUCCGUGGCUCCGCCACGACGAUCGGGCCGAUUUGUACGGUGGACCUCACGUCGUCAUGCCUCCGAGCCAUUUAAUGGCCUCGGGCCCUCGCAAUUCACGCCCCCCAACAAUGUCAAACCAGUCUGAAGAAGAAGUCAUCUCAUCUGGAGAAGAGUCUCCCCAGGUUGAUACCCCCGCCUCGACACCGCCAAUUGUCACGAGCGACGACUUUGCGCUCGCUUUCGAUAUCGAUGGCGUCUUUGUCAAGGGCGGAGAGCCCAUUCCAGAGGCCCUGGAGGCUAUGAAAUAUAUCAAUGGCAGGAUUGGAGCUUUUGCUAACUGUCCCUUCUAUAGACCCUACAUCUUUCUCACAAACGGUGGCGGCAAGACCGAGGCAGAAAGAUGCCGCGAUUUAAGUCGUCAACUCGAAUAUGAGGUUGACCCCGGCCAGUUCAUCUGCGGACACACUCCCAUGCGAGAAAUGGCCGAGCACUAUGGCACUGUCCUAGUCGUCGGUGGAGAAGGCGAGAAGUGCCGCAUUGUGGCCGAGGGAUACGGAUUCAAAGACGUUGUUACCCCCGGAGACAUCAUCAAGACUCAGCAUGAUGCGACUCCGUUCCGCAAAUUGACGGACGAGGAGUGGAAGAACUCCCGAGAGCUCGAUUUGGACAACACUCGAAUCGAAGCAAUCUUCGUCUUCGCCGAUAGUCGUGACUGGGCAGGCGACCAGCAAAUCAUUCUGGAUGUCCUCAUGACCAAAGAGGGAAAAUUGAAUACACGAUCGGAGACCUUUGACGAGGGCCCGCCUGUUUACUUCUCACAUAACGAUGUGUUGUGGUCUACCUCGCACGAACACUCGCGUAUUGGCAUGGGUGCCCUGCGUGCCUCGCUCGAGGCCCUCUACAAGGCUGUCACUGGUGGCAAAGAACUCAAAACGAUCGCGUUUGGCAAACCGCAAAUGGGCACUUUUGCUUUCGCUACCCGCCUCCUCCAGGAAUGGCGCAGUAAAUCUCAUGGCAUCGACAAGCCCCCAGCCACCGUUUACUUCUUCGGUGACACUCCCGAGUCCGACAUUCGCGGCACGAAUGAGUUCAACCAGACCUCUGAAAGCGAAUGGUACUCGGUUCUCGUUGCGACUGGAGUUUGGCAAGAGGGCACCAUCCCCCGUUACCCGCCCAAGAAGAUCUGCAAGAACAUCUACGAGGGAGUCAAAUUUGCUAUUGACCGUGAGGCACAGAAGCUCCGUGGUCGUGGUGGCUCAUUUAGCAUGUUCACGGAUGACAUCAAGGCGAUUCAGCUACCCAAAUAA